AUGGACAUCGGCGAUGUUGAUAACUCAACGAUGAACAAGCUCAUUCCGGAGAUAUUUGAUCAAAUGCGAUCAAACCUCAGUCUUGCUCCGUCAAACUCGGGAUUCAAGCCGUUUGUUUCAGCAAAGGCACCCUCUAGUAUGACAACCCAGUCGCUUCUAGAGGAAAGCAAAGGUCUGGAUGAAAUUAUACCCGUAAUCCAAAAGUUAGAAGCUUCGCUUAAUACUGCUGGCCCCCAACAUCUUAAGAGAAUAAGGGAAACCUGUGAGUCGUCAAAUAGAAUCCUGGAUACCUGGAUUCGUAUCCAAUCGCAAGCUGGCUAUGCGUAUGACCUUAUGAAUGAUCCUUCUUACGUGGAAUGCAUCACAACGACUCAGAAUAACGAUAACCUAACACCCCAAAUGUAUCUUGAGCAAAAACAAUCUCAAGUUUUAGAAUUGAAAGAUUUGCUCGAAGCGAAAGAGCAAGCUCUUCGAUUAAAGGAAUCAGAGGAGCGACAGCAACUCCGAAACAACGAGAGGUCUUAUCUUCAGCGAGGCAGAAAAGCGACCAAUGGUACAAGCCGAAUACCGCCUUCUAGAAGUUUGAUGAAAAAGCCAAGUGGAAUCCCUAGAAGCACAUCAAGAAUAUCAAAACCUGUCGGAAGGACCGGGCGGGCAAGCAGCAGAGUGACCCGUUGA